AUGAUAACAUUACAUCGAAUCUCUUGCUUUACUUGUCGACAUGUACGAUCAAUAAUAUUCACUCGGACGAUUCAUAUUGAAUCUGAUCCAAAUGAAAAAAUUAUACCUCUAUCUAAAUUUGAUUUAAGUAAACCAUUAAUUGGACGAACUAGUGCUGAACAUACUGCUAUUUCAUUACUUCGUCCGGAUAUGCCUGUUGAUUCUGAACUACUCAAAGUAGCUAUUAUUGGAGCACCUAAUGCUGGUAAAAGUACAUUUGUUAAUCGUCUCAUGGGUUGGAGAAUUUCAUCUGUAUCCAAACGACCACACACAACUCGACAUCGAACUACAGGAGUAUUGACUGAUGCUAAUAAACAAAUUGUUUUUCUUGAUACACCUGGUUUUAUUGCGCCAUGGAGAAAAAAACGACAUAAUCUUGAAAAAUCAAUGAUUCUCGAUCCUCAUUCAUGUUUAUGGGAUGCUAAUUUGAUUUGUGUUGUACAUGAUGUUUCUAAUCAUUGGCUUCGUUUUAAACUCGACGAAGAAAUACUCAAAUGUCUCUAUGCUCAUCCUGAUAAAGAAGCUAUUCUUAUUCUUAAUAAAGUUGACUCUAUUAAACGUAAACGUAUGUUACUUGAUGUUACAACUGUUCUUACAGAUGGUUCACUUAAUGGUAUUCCAUAUCGUCUUGAUUCACCAUAUCAUCGUAAUGGUGAACUUGAUAUGGAACGUUUAUUUCUUAAAACAGCUCAUGAAAUGAAUAUACCAUUACCUAAAACAGAAAAUGAUAUUCAAAAAGAACGUCUAUUAACUGAUAUGAAAGAAUAUGAAAAAAAAUUAUUAAAUAUUCAAUUAGAAAAUGUUAAUCUUGAUUUAGAAGAAAAUCAAGUUAAAGAAUUAAUAUCUCAACAUGAAGAAAAUGGUUUAACAUUAGAACAAUUAUCAGAUAAUGUAUCUUCUCAUAUACCAUAUAAAUCAAUGAAUGAUAUUAGUCCAUUUGAAUUUAAAAAAGAUCUAAUGGAAACAACAAAUUGGCAUUUAUAUUAUAAAAAAUUAUCACAAAUUCGUUUAUUUACAAGAGAUCGUUCAACAUGGCCAUAUUUUAAUCAAGUUUUUAUGAUUUCAGCUAAAAAAAAUCAAGGCAUAGGAGCUAUUCGAAAAUAUCUUUUCUCACGUACAAAAUCAGCACCAUGGAUAUUUCAUCGAAAUUUUGUUACAGAUCAAUAUCCACAAGAAAUAGCAGAAAUGUGUAUACGUGAAAAAAUGUUAGAAUAUUUACCAGAAGAAAUUCCUUAUACUUAUCUUAUGACAAAUGAACGAUGGGAAAUAGAUGAAAAUGAUGUUCUCAAUAUAACAUUUCUAAUAUAUCCUCGAGCUAAACAAUUGAAACGUGAUGUUAGUGUAUUAUUAAAAAAUCAUGGUGAAGCAAUUAAAUUAAUCAGUAUUGAAGCUGAAAAAUCUCUAAAAACAACAUUUCGUUGUGAAAUGACUGAAAAAGAGAUUGAUAUUUAUUAUAAAACUAUACUUAAUCUCAUAUCUUUGGCUGGCAAAGUUGUAUGUGAAGGUUUUUCAAUAACAAAACGAGUUGAAACUAAAGAAGGUGCAGCUGAUCUUGUUACAGAAUUCGAUCAACGUGUAGAAGAACUUUUAAUAAAAAACUUACGAGAAAAAUUUCCUACACAUAAAUUUAUUGGAGAAGAAUCUACUGCUAGUGGAAUUAAAACAUCGUUUAGUGAUGAUCCAACAUGGAUUAUUGAUCCAAUUGAUGGUACAACUAAUUUUGUACAUGGAUUACCAUUUAUUACUAUUUCUGUUGCACUUGCUAUUAAUAAACAAGUAGUUGUUGGUGUAAUUUAUAAUCCUAUUAUGAAUGAUCUUUAUUCAGCUGUUCAUGGCAAAGGUGCAUUUAAAAAUGGUCGACCUAUUAAUUGUUCUAAACAAACAAGUCUUUCUUUAUCUCAAAUACUUGGUGAAUAUGGUCCAAGUCGAGAUGCUGAUAUUCUUAAAGUAAAAUGUAAAAAUUUACAAGUUCUUAUUGCAAAAGUUCAUAGUAUUCGAGCAAUAGGUAGUGCAGCUAUGAAUUUAUGUUUAGUAGCUGAAGGUGCUUGUGAUGCUUAUGUUGAAUAUGGUGUGCAUAUUUGGGAUUAUGCUGCCGGUGAUUUAAUAGCUCGAGAAGCUGGUGCUUACACAUGCGAUCCGUCAGGUGCUCCAUUAAAUCUCAUUCAUCGUCGUAUUUUAUGUGCAGCAACAAAAGAAUUGGCUGAACAAAUUUCACCUUUACUUACACAUAUUGAUUAUCCUCAUGAUUAA